AAGAAGAAGAAGAAGAUGGAGGACGGCUGUCGGAGGGUGAGGGAGGCCGGGUGGUGGGUGAGGAGCUGCUGCUGUGGAGAGGAAGAUGACGAAGAGGAGGAGAGAGGGGGGAAGGAGGAGGAAGAGGAGGAGGAGGAGGAGGUGAAGAUGGAGGAGUUCAGCUUCAGAAAGAGCCGGUGUUCAACCUCCCUUCCUCCUGCUGAGGUGGAUCCACCCCCCUCCGGUUCCGACCCUCACUGGUUCAACACUCUUCAGGUCCGACGGUUCAGAUCUCAGCGAGGACGAAGCAACAGCGACCCGCUGGGACGAAAGACCAGUACGGACCAGGACCACUUCACCUGGAAGCCCGGUCUGGCGUUCGGAGCGGCUCAGUCCUACCUGAGUCUGGAGAAGCUUGGUGAAGGAGCGUACGCCUCCGUCUACAAAGGGAUCAGCAGGAUCAACGGUCAGCUGGUGGCUCUGAAGGAGAUCCGCAUGAAGACGGAGGAGGGCGUCCCGUUCACCGCCAUCAGAGAGGCGUCUCUGCUCAAAGGUCUGAAACACGCCAACAUCGUGGUCCUCCAUGACAUCAUCCACACCAGAGAGUCUCUGACGUUUGUCUUUGAAUACGUGCAGACAGACCUGGACCAGUAUCUGAGCCAACAUCCUGGAGGACUUCACUCACACAACGUCCGGCUCUUCAUGUUCCAGCUACUGCGAGCACUCUGCUUCAUCCACAGCCGGAGGAUCCUCCACCGAGACCUGAAGCCUCAAAACCUGCUCAUCAGCUACCUGGGAGAACUCAAGAUGGCCGACUUCGGUCUGGCUCGGUCCAAGUCCAUCCCCAGUCAGACCUUCUCCUCUGAGGUGGUGACGCUGUGGUACCGCCCCCCCGACGUCCUGCUGGGAUCCACAGGUUACUCCACCGCCCUGGACAUCUGGGGAGCUGGCUGUAUCUUCGUAGAGAUGCUUCAUGGAGCUCCGGCGUUUCCCGGAGUCAUCGACGAGUUUGAACAACUUCAGAAAAUCUGGACGGUCCUGGGCGUCCCGUCUGAGGACAGCUGGCCUGGAGUCAGUCUGCUGCCCAACUAUAAACCAGAUCGAUUUCUUCUCUCUGAACCCAAGAAGUUCAGGAAAGUUUGGAAAAGGCUGGACCAGCUCCCUUAUAAGACCGAGGACCUGGUCCAGAGGAUGUUGAAGCUGCUCCCUGCGGACCGGAUCUCGGCGCAGGACUCCCUGCAGCACCCGUACUUUAGCACGCUACCUCCUCCCAUCAUGCACCUGAGAGACACGGUGUCCAUUUUUAAAGUGCCCGGCGUUCAGCUGGAGGCGGAGGUCAGAGACGUGUUUAACCCCGGACGGAGGGGCAAACGUAUCGGCAAGUUCUGGUGAACAAACACAGACCAACAUCAACCUGACAAGACCAGCGGAGGGAAACAAAACCCUUCUUCAGUCAGCCUCACGAGACAAACAGAGGGGUGAAGAAACACACCACA